AUGGAUGACGCGCCACUACCUUCUCCUCCUCAUAUGACGCCUCUGUACGAAGUGGCAAAACUGCAACCAUAUGAACCCCUUGAUAAUGAAACGGCAUGCCCUGCUCUCAAGGAAGAACAACAGGUCGAAGGGGAUUUUAAUUUUUCCAAUCCCAAUCGUGCGUGGAGAUCUCAACCUCAUUUUCUAGCCCGUUUUCUUCACACACUGGCACCUACACCUCGAUCUGAUACGGCCUCACCUUUGGGCAGCCGAGUGGUGUUAGGUGAUUUUGGAUGGGCAAAUUUUGAGAUAGAGCACAUCCCAAUGCCUAAUGGUUAUCAUGAAUGGGCUGCCAGGGUUUUAACUAAUCAUUCAUCUCAUCUCAAGGGAAGCGAGCCGGGCAAGGAUUAUAUUUAUGGGGCAAUCUUCUGUUCCUUAGGAAAAUACCCUAUAUCCCCCUCCGUGGUAAGAGCUCUACUGGAGAGGUGGGACUCGAUUGCGAACACCUUCGUAUUCCCUUGCGGAGAGCGUACAAUCACCCUCUUAGAUAUGAAGAACAUGGCCGGUUUACCACUGGAUGGGGAACCUUAUGACGAAUUCAUUCCAUCUCGUGCUUACAUGGAGCCAGCUAUGCUGCUGUAUCCAAAGACUUUACUGCCUCUCUACAGGGCAUGGCGCAAACUUGAGGACGGAGGAAAAGUUACUUUCCAAAAGUGGUGCGAUUACUUUCAUUGCACCCCAGGAAAUCUUUCGGGUUUUGAUAGCAGUGAGUUCUCCAAUAUCUAUACUGCUGCAUUCCUAACACUCUGGAUAUGUUGCUUCGCGAUUGUUGGAGGGGGGCCAUAUAUUCGACCAGGUGUACUAGUGACAGCCUCAUGGAUGACUCUGGGCCGCCAAUUUGCUUUGGCACAACCUGCUUUGUGUUCUUUAUAUUACUCUUUAAGGCUUAUUAGCACCAAGCCUAUUAAUCCUGCAUCUUUGAGGAAGCUUUGGCCUGGCCACUAUCUGAUUGGCUGGAUAGGGGAUCACAUACCGGCGGUAUUUGGUAACAGAAUGAAGCAUGUCAAUAUCCCUGUUUGCCCGUAUCCUUCAGUGCGGCCAACUAUGCUGGAUACUAUGUCCAGAAAGCCAACUCUUUUCAGUCCCAAGAGUGCUCAUAAGCUUCUGUGUAGAGAUAAGAAUAUUUUGUGGAAUCCCUACGAGCCUCUUGACGAGGACCUAACAGCUCAACCAAACUCACUUCGGACCAACAGAAUAUUUGAUUUAUCACUUCGUCGUGGGUGGGAAGCGAUCUGGGAAAACAAGACUAAGGCAAUGCCCAUAUGGGUAGCAAGAGGCGCUUAUGCCCGAUGGUGGGGGCCUUAUGGGAAGGCCCAGCCAAAUAGGGACACCACCCCCCACUUUAAGCGCAUUUGUAGUCGAUAUAUAAUAACUCUAUCUAAGGGUGGUCGGUGGGACGGUGAACCACGUGAGCUAGUUAGAUGCGUGGGGCGGAGGGCUCAUAGUACCCCCUUUCUUGAUCUAGCCUUUUCUUACAAUAGUUAA